AUGGCGUUGAUCUCAGACUACGACGCUCUGAGACAUCUUCAGCAAGAAAUUGACGAGGCACUCCCUAAUUUCCACGAAAUGCUCCUUGGGCUCAAAAAAAACGACAUGGACAUUGCGUUGGCUUCUACGCUUCGCGACAAUUGUGCACUUCAAGCAGAUGCUAUUCAAGCAAGGAAGGACCUGCUAGCUCGCUUUUCCCAAUUCGAUCAACUGGCUCGGAAAAUCGAAAGGUUGCCCCCCACUGUGCAUGGCUUGGUUUCCCCCACGCAAAAGCGCUUACAACAAGCCAUCUUUUCACGAGCCACGAUAUAUCUACAAAGAAAUAUGUUUCCUUUACAAAGCUUACCUGUGGCCCGUAAGGAGAAAAGCAAAUCUUCACCAUCGACCUCGGCGACAAACUUGCCGUUGGAAGCACAGCAGCAAAUCAAUGUCUUGUCUGAGCAAGAGGCAUUACUAUCAUCCUAUCUAGAGGCUGCGAAAAAGGCACGAAACUUAGAUGAUGUUCUCUCUUUAAAGCAAAGCCAAAAUGAGAUCCGCGCAGAGAUCGAACAGAUUAUAGCCAAGCAUACCAUGUAA